AUGUCGAUCUGGAAGCGAUGGAGGAUCUCGAAGGUUGAAGACUUAAGGGCUCUACUCGCUGCUUCAAGAAUAGGAGUCUUGGACGUGGGGCGUCGACAGCAUGGUGAAAACCAUUGGGGUCGCAGAGAUGGUAGUCGUGCGGACCAGCAUGGUACGUGGAGGGGUGAGAGAGUUCAAGGGGCAGAGCUGGAAGACACUGCUGCGUCACCGAACAAGUCUGGCUCUCGGCUUUCGGUUGUUGCUGACUUGAUACGCAGUCAACGCGAGGGGAAGGAAACGAAUCAGCAACUUAAAUAG